AUGUCUUCACAUCCCGAGACGGAAAUCAACUGUAAGGAGUUCACAAAUUCAGAUGACGUUUUGGCUAAGAAUGUGCACAUGUACGCGCCACUCUCGGCGGAGGAGACGAAGAGAAGGAUAUCUCUCAGUAGGAAAGAUGCUCACAAAGGCAUAGAUGAAGACAGGUCUGUAGUCGCGGAUAUGCUCAUUCGGAUCGCUUUCACACCGGACGUUUGUGUAGAGCGAGAGCCUGACUUGCAAAUGAAAACUCGGAAAGGCAAACUUCUGAGAUACAAGACACGGCACGACACCAAUAAAUUCCUCGUCGAGUGCGGUGCAGGGGCAAUCCGUGACAUUGUGCAGCAGCUUCUAUAUCCUUGGUAG